GAACAAGUGUGAGCGGCGCGCGCCAUGACGGCAUCUCCGCCGGCCUGAAGUCCGUGUGUGCUGUCCGCGAGCUGUCCCGCGAGCUGUCCGUCCUCUCCCGCCAUGCUGUCCGGGCUGCGAGCGGCCUUCGUGCUGGCGGCGCUUCUCGAGGUGGCGCCAGUGAGACCACAAGACUAUGACGUGUCGGACAUCCAGUGCUCGUUCGCGUCGAGCGCGCCGGGCCACGCGGCGGGCAAGGACUCCAUCGCGGCGCGCCUCAGGAAGCCGGAGGGCUUCCGCGGCCACCCGCUGUUCGCCGACGACCGCCAGGUGGACCCGCUCAGCGACCAGGCCUGCCGCAUCAGACCCGACCCCGCCGACCCCACCGAGCUCACCUACGACCUGCUCGUCUCCGACUUCGGCCGCUGCGGCGUGCUCAAGAGGAACGGCUUCGUGCACGUGAGGGUGUGGUUCCCGCAGUUCCCCGGCGUCGUCAUGAUGUCCGACCAGGAGCUCAUCAUCAUGUGCAAGCCGCCGGAGCCCACCGUCAUCGAGAACAAGGCGGCGGGCUUCGCCGGCAGCUUCCCCAGCGGGGCGCGGGUGUCCGGGGUCGUGGAGGAGACGCCCGGCCGGCUGGAGUACGAGGUGGCGCUGUACAAGGAGGCUCCCCCCGUGUCGAGGCUCGCCAACAAGACCGGCGCCACCGGCACCACCAGCGCCACCGGCAACAGCGAGCUGCCCGUGGACCAGGCCGUGCCCAUCGGCACCAAGCUGCAGCUGCGCGCGCGCAUCAACCCCGACUCGGCCUGGAAGUACGUGAAGCUGAUGGAGGUAACGGUGUCGCCGGACCCCGACGACCCUCACUCGGCAGGCAGCGUGGCGCUCGUCAAAGACGGGUGCCGGAACAGGGACUUCGCCACCAUCAUCCCGCACCAGCCGGCGCGCUACCGCGAGCGCCACAACGAAGUGUUCCUGGACUUCGAGGCGUUCCUGCUGAGCACGAUGCGCGAGCGUGCCACGCUGUGGAUCCACUCGCAGAUCAAGGCGUGCAUGGACGCCGCCGACUGCCAGCCGGAGUACUGCCUGGACCUGUUCGAGCCGGCGGGCCACGGCCGGAGGCGGCGGCGCCGUGAGGACACCGCCCCCGCCGCCCCCGCCGCCCCCGGCAACUCCUCCGGCGCGGCCGACGACGACGGCGACCCCACGCAGUUCGCCAAGUUCGCCGAGAACAUCGAGUACACGGUGCUCAUGCCCGGAGACUUCUACCACCGGGCGCCCGUGCUGGACGGCUCGUGCAGCACCUUCCUGGCCAUCUCGUCGGUGCUGGGGUGCCUGCUGCUCGUGUCCACCUUCGUCAUGUGCUACCUGGCGUCGCGACUGCACUCGGCGCUGGGCGGGCGCGCGCGCGCCAAGACCAUCGACCAGGUGGUGCGCGAUCACCACCGCAAGUACCUGGGCGACGGCGGCGGCGACACCGGUGGCUACACGGGCCGGAACACCGUGCAGUGAACGAGGCCUGGACUCUCCAGAGACUGGACAUUCUUGAGGCCUUGACUCCGAAGCCUGGAAUCUCCGAAGUCUGGACUAUCAGAGGCCUGGACUCUAUUGAGUCUUGGACUUUCUUGAGGCCAGAUCUCUCCGAGGCGUAAACUCUUCGAGGCAUGGACCCUCUGAAGCCUGAAUUCACUGAGGCUUGGAUUUCUUGAAGCCUGAACUCCAAGGUCUGGACUCUCCAAGGUCUGGACACUCCGAGGCAUGGACUUUCAAAAUCCAGGACUCUCUAAGGCUUGGACUUUAUUGAGGCCUAGACACUCUGAGGCUUGGCUUCUCCGAGGCCGGGACUCUUCGAGGCUUUGACUCUAAGAGGCCUAUACUCUCCAAAGCUUUGAAUUUCCGAUGCCAGGACUCUCAGAGGCCUAGACUCUCCGAGGCUUAAGACUCCUUGAGACCCAGACACUCUUGAAGCUGGGACUUUCUUGAUGCCUAAAUUUUCUUCAUCCCUGGUCUCUCCAAGGCCUAGGCUAUCCGAGGCUUUGACUCUCAGAGGCCUGGGCCUUCUUGGGACUUGGUCACUUCGAAGUGAGGACGCUUACUGCAGGGGGGCCAGAGAUCUGCCCCCCGUCACGUGCACCGACCGUUCCAUCUGUAGACCAACGAUGAGACAGACCCCAUUCAUGGACUUGGAAAUUGACAGGCGAUGGCAAGCUGUGGCGACAUUGAAAUCACUUUCUAUCACACCAUCGCCAUACUGUAAAACACCUAAAACAUUGUUAAAAUAGUGCCUCACUGCAUCUGAUGACAUAUCAAGAGUAUUAAUUCGGAUUUCCAUCUUUAAACAUAGUCACUGCCACAAAACACCCUGCUUGAACCUGUUUUCACAGUGCAAACAUUGCAAUUCCUCCAAUGUUUUGGGAGUUCUGCAGAUCAUCAGCAAGAGCUUCAUGUAGUAACCAUGUAGUAAUGCAUGCUCGGCCACACAUGAAAAAUAUAUAUUUUUAUAAUUAUUCAAUAUGAGUGUCAAACAUGUGUUCCAUAUCGGAAACUGUUGGUACAUUGCUGAAGCCAUUAAUUUCUUAGGCAAGAGACACUGUGCUAAACUCCACAGUCCUGGCCACAUUCGAUAGGAAGUAAACUGUUUACUGGCUGUCGCUCAUGUUAGACUGCAUCUUCACAUUUCACAAACCCAUUCGCUCGACCGAUGUCCACAUGAUUCACAUGUCAGAUUACCACAGGUUCAUUCACACAAUACAUAAGAACACACAGAUGUUUUCAGGGCAUCCUAAUGGCAAGAUCUCUGCUCAUGUCUGAGUUAGCGGCCCCAGCUAUGAAUAACAUGUUUUUGUAAAAAAAAUGAAGUCUAAAACGUGUUUCACAUUGGAUGCAUUUGGCACACUGCUGGAGAUAUACAAUCUCUCAGUGUGGCUAGUGAUUGAAAUUUUUAGAUUUGUUCAUAAAAAUUCGCACUGUGUAACUGUAGUUUUACACUGAAUAAUGUAAGCCAAAUAUCGUAUCUAUUGGUGUAUCAUUUGUAAACAAACACAAUUUUUAUAAUUAAUUAUUUUAGUUUUUUUUAGCUAAUGGUAAGCCAAUGUUGGUCCCACGCAGAGAACGUAUGAAUUGGUCUGUAUCAUCGUUAGUCGAUGGUUCCAUCAAACAUGCUAGAAACUGAUACCUGACAGCUUGCGCAUUUUCACGAUAACCUCGGCAGAGUACCAUGGAGGUAAGAAGCUAGGGAGUAGGUGUUGGCAAUCUUUGCUACGUUAAUAAUUAAAGUCAAAUAUGAAUGACCCUUCAACCUCCCUUCUCACCUGGAUUGCAAAACAAAGUUGAUGUGUAACAUCUUAGCUCUCGGUAUGUGAAAUUUGGUAGGAGUAAUUUGGUGAAUGGAACGGAAAUAUGUUGCCCUCUGUGACGGAUCGCGCGAAUCGAAGUUCACAAACGCAAAGGGAAACUUUGUAGUAUUAACUGUUUAAUGAAUUUUAACAAGAUGGGUUGUAUUUUAAUAAAAUUCCUUGCCGGGAUUUAGUAUUUUCUUCAGGCCUUUUUCUGUUUUAUCGGAGUCGUUUCAUUCAAAUUUAAUGAUUCGAUAGUCCACUUAGCAUAUCUGGCAAAUAAUUCUCGCAGCAGGUGCUAAAUCUUAAGUCCGAUUCGCGUCCAGAAAUGUAGUUUAAAAAACGUAUAUUUAUCACGGUCGGCAUUAUUUCAAAGAAUUAUACGUUAAAUUUCUUGUUCGAGUUUCGUAUUUAAGUGUAUUUGCAACAUGAGAACACUUGAAUUUGCUCGGUACCGUGGUUAGAAGUUACACAUCUCUGACGAAUACUGAAAGACUCGCUCACAUUUUUGUUGUAAUCAAGUUUAACGCUAAUUCCUUGCUGAUGUGUUGUUAACACCUUUGUUAAAGGAUACUUACUCCCUUCAUGGUGGCAUUUGUACGAUUCUUCCUAGCGAGUUCCUUUCAACUCUAUACAGCUACGGUUUGUUUUGAUAACCAAUUGCUAACCAGGAUGAUUUCUUCUUUAUAACAGAUACCUACAUGUCCAGGGAGUAUGGGUAGAAAUCUGUCACCGACUAUCCCGUCAUCUGCCUAGUACUAUUGAGGGAAAUAAUAUAAAGUCGAAAUCAGGAUUCGAUCUAGGGUUUAGCUUUUUACCAGUGCACCAUCUCGGUCGGGCUACAACACUGCACUAGACAUAAGCUGACUAUACCAAUACUAUAGACAUGGAUAUGUAACUUCCUCUUUCGUUAAAAAAUAUAUUUUUUUAAUACAUGAUGGAAGUCAGUAACAACUACAUUUGGACCAGUGAUGCUAUCAGGAAUCAACUAAACAAAUAAUUGUCUUUUCAUGAUGUCAUACGAAUAAAAUUUUACAACGAAAUAAUAAUUUAGGAUGCUUAUCUUUCAAAUCUGAAGUAGCUUAAAUGUUAUUUUCAAACCAACACCCCAAACUUAAAUUAUGACAGUUUGUUCCUAAUUGCAUUAGAUGACAAAAAAACACAGAUUAUUGCCAAAAGAAUACUAUUGCAAUAUCUCUCGCCACUCUCUUGCCAGCUUUGUCAGUAUAGAGCUGUCCGGUACAGGUCUUAAGGGGGAGUAAUGAGACCAGGCAGACGCCAUCUUGUCUUCAGCAUUAUUUUUUUUGCCAUAACAAUUUUCUGUAGAACAGUUUCCCCCUGUGAAGUCACUGGCAUUAAGAAUUUCAUUCAUUUUCAGGAAUGACUAUAACUUUAAUAGCACACUGUAAAUUAUUUCUGUAAUUGGAACAGAAAUAUUAAAAAUGUAAAUUUACAGAUAGUUGUAAAUUUGUACAUUUACAUGAAAACAACUGUCUCACUUCAAAACUGUAGUAAUACUGGGUCCGGAUUCUUUUUGGGGAAUUUAUGCUUUGUGUGAAUCCGUUAUAUCCAAUAUUUAAAGUUAUUUGUAAACCGUUCCAUGAUUACCUUUUCAGUAUUAACUGCGCACAUAAUUAGCACAAAAAACAAAAUAAAGUCAAACUGUUUAAUAUUCUAUACCCUUUCCUUGGUUUUAAAUUAUUAUAUUUGAAUGAAACAUGAAUUUAAAUAGGCUAUAAAAUAAAGCGCCAAUUUUCGUAAGAAAUACUCAGUAUUAUCUCGAAAAACGUAUAUCAUACUAAGUUACCAUAUCUUUCUAGUAUUACAAUAUUGGCAACUGGUUUCCAAAGGAAUCAUUUGUAAAAGUCCAUAAAAAAAUUUCUGUUGAUUGUCAAUAGACACCAUUUUAUAGGCUUUGAAAAUCUCUUUCUGUGAGAUCUCUUUCUAAACAAAGCCAGUUUUUUUUUUUUUGCAAAUAUUAAACGUUAAAAAAUUGUCAUGGCAUUAAAACUGUUGGAACCAGUAUGGUGUCUUCCGGUUCCUAUAUCUCCCUUCCAUUCGGUUACACGUAGUGAUGAGGAAAUAAUGAUGCUUCAAGUGAUAGUUACCUUCGUGAAGUGUACAGUGACGAUUCUCUCACGAGAGAGAAUGUUCGCACUUUGGGGUAACUGUGUUUUUUUUUUCUCUGCAAGUGGCAUUUUUGGUGCAAGUUUGAUUUGUAAUUAGUAACCAGGGCUUUGGGACUUCCGUAGUUGUGCAAACACGCUUUGAAUUCUUGAAACGAACUUCGCAAAAAAAAAAAUAAUAUUGAUCAUAUUGAUUAAUUUAAAAAGAGCCGAAAGCUAAAUGAGGUAACAUACUGAUUUAAAUAAUUGUUUUGGCCAUACACCAUCGCUGGUUUGUACUCUAUGUCAGAGAGAAAACCCUAAGAACUGACAAAGAAAGAUGAAUACACAAGCACACGCAUAACAAGCCAUAAUCAGCCGAUGUUAAACGCAAAGACAGCACGAAGAACUCCGCGGGAGGACACAGUCAGAACAAAAUCACAGCACAGACGAACACAAUGGAAUGAUAACGACGAGAAAGUUACAACAAAAGCAGUUAAGUACAGAUAAACAACAAAUUUGGUCAAAACAGCGUCAAACAGAGGAACACAGCGAUGAUAAUGAACAGAUAAUCUUGACAAUACACCGUAAAUACAGCGACGCACAUGUGAACCAAGCGAUGAAUAUAAAAAGGUAUUCUAAUAACACAACGGCGGUACAGAUGAACACAGAAGAUUUACCAAGAAAAAAAAACACUCGCAACGUUUCGGGAACUGAGAUCUAUUCCUGUAGUCAGUCACAAACAGGAGUGUUUGUGAAUUUAUCUUUCUUUGUCCGUUUUUAGGGUUUUAUCUGACGUACAGUGAAAACUACCGAUGGCGUAUGUCCAGAAUAAAGAUUUAAAUCAAACUUCCCGAUUGCACAAUUCAUUCAAAGAGCUUAUAAAUGUCAAAUAAAACAUGCAGUGCCGAAAGUUUUGUGUAUGUUUAAGCAUUUACAUACUCUACAAAUUUUUUUCAUAAACUAUUGAUCAGUGAAAAAUUUACCCUAAUUUGAAUAUACCAUAUUGGUAAGAUUAAAAAACUCAGGAAUUUUUUCCUAAUGCUGACGUUAAAUAACAAAUUAUCAAUACAUAGAGAUACUUCUCCUCUAUGCAAUUAUUUUGUGAUUGUAUUGCAGAGGUACUAAGUGGUACAUUGGUAAUAAAAUGGCCUUGGGGAGGUGUAGGUUGUGUUUCUUCAGUGAUAUUAGCCACAGGACAUGGCACUUCACAACGGUAGACAAAACGCAUGUUUCUAUACAGAAGUGAAAUGAAGGAUAUUUAGUUUCAAAAAUAUCACACACGGAUAUUUUGAAGAAGUGAAAUAAUAGUUUUCAAGAAUUGAUUCAGAAGAAAAGUGUUGAUUUGUAAAAUGUUAAUUUAUUUUAUUUUCUGUAAAAAGUUAGCAUAUCAAUAAACUAGUUUGUUACAACUA